UUCUCUCAAAUGCAACAAAUUUUAUUCAAAUCGGUCCAGCGGUUGUCUCACAAUAGCAUUUCUGCGUUUUACCUGUACUUUAAUAGGGAAAUCGGAGUUGGCCAAGCACUCCAGCGUCUUUCCGUUAGAAAGGACCGGCACAUAUAACAGGCUGUUAACCUAGCCUGCUUACGCACAUGGCUUUGUCACCAAAUAAUUCCUGCUUGCACGGCAGGAUCGGAAAGGCCUUGGAAGCGUGUUCACGUCAAGUGGGACAAUGCACAUCGCACUGAUGUUCCCUCCACGCCGACGACAACCAGCCGCAGACAUCCACGGUGCCACCAGUGCCAGAGGGAACUGAACAUGAAACAUGCGGAAUAAAGUGGAAACACAGCGUACAGCGCCCAACAGAAGAUAUCAAACCAAGUGCGGUACCGGCGAAGAUGCUUUAGGGUCCUUGGCUGUGUCUCUCUCUUUCUUUUUUAUAGAAACAAUGCAACGCAGACAUGCUUGUUCUGGUUGCCCACCUGCUUAUCCGAUUCCUCUAAAUGAAGCUCGGACACACAGGUAAUUAAUGCACCCGCAUGUGGCGCUGCAAAGCUCCCGGAUUCCAGCGCUCGCGCCUAUAGCUGUCCAUAGGGGGAGAGAGCUCGCGCCGAGCCACGUCCGUAGCCUACAUAAGGCAGGGAAUUCCACCGAGACGCGUUCGUGUUGCUCUACUCUUAAGCCAUGCAUUCUACGGAGGUUCCGAAGAAGGCGCAGCCCUCUUCUGCCUCCAAGGACCAGCCGCUGCUCACGCUACGAUUUCCCAAGAAAUUGUGGAAGAUCGUCAACGAAUGUACGUCGGGCGCCAUUGCCUGGUCCACGGACGGCACAGCCAUAGUGAUUGACUACUCAAAGUUCCAGUCGGACUAUCUUGACAAUCGCCUCGACAUCUUCAAGACUAACAACAUCACCAGUUUCAUAAGGCAGCUCAAUUUGUACGGAUUCCGGAAGGUCAGCCCUCACUACAGAGUCUCUGCGAGCAGCACUGAAGGCCCGGACGUGCACGUCUUUCGCAACGACUCCUUUGUUAGAGAUCGACCAGACCUGCUGCAGGAGGUGACGCGUAAGACUGGAGCCUUGCGGUCUAGUGCACUCCACAAGCACAACGGCUGUUCGCACAAGGCGCACUUUCAGCACGUCCACGAGAGCGGUCACAUAGAGAUGCACUGCCAGGGACGGCCACCAUCUCGCCACAAGGCGCCACGUCGAAAGCAACGCGAUGAGAUGGCCCGCUUGGAGAGGUCAUCACACGUUCACGGGGCUUCGGUGAUUAAGUGGCAGUACAGUGCUAUCUACUUGGAUGACACUUCCUUGCACUCGAAUGGCUCUACCAGCGACACGGCCACCAGCGACGACGACUACAUAGCCAACAACGCACAGCAGCAUUGUUACGAUAAUCAGUAUCACGAAUAUGCCCCGCCUCGGCCACUGCCACCGCCGCCACCACCACCACCACCGCCGACCCCUGUGUCGACUCCGCCACCAGCUGGCUCACAAGCGGCGGCGACCAUCUGGACGCGGGAGUACUUGCCACCUCUGCGGCCGACACGUCGCGCGCAGUCUGUCAUCCACGCCGAGGCCACCAUGACACUCAACGGUGACAUGAAGGCUCUGCUCGACCCCAACGAGUCACCCAAGGUGGUGCUACUGCACCCAGGCCGUGAUGCUGAGCGUGUUUGCACACCGCCGCUCGAAGAUUCCUUCAUGCUGAACGGCCACGCCCGCGAGGCUGAAACGCCGAGCGACAGCAACCUUUUCUACGUUUUCAUGACCGAGGACAACGCGUCCGUUGACGUGCCUGAGCCAACCGCCAGCUUCAUCACCAGCCCUGCUGAAGCGGCAGUUGCUGCGGCCGCCGCCGCUGCUGCUGCUGCGGCAGCCGCUGCAGCCCGGUUUCAGAAUUCGGUGUUAGCCACGUGGGAGGAUGUGGCGACCGCCUCCCCAGCAGUCUUCAAAACGAGUACUAACGGCGUGCCCUGUCCCAGUGGUGCCUACUACCGCGUCUAGCCUUGCCAUCUAAUUUCCCUGGCAUCAGUGCUUCGUAAAAACUUGUCAUUCUGAAGCCAACCUGUCUUGCCAUAACUCUGGCUAUUUACCUAUCCUUAAUCCUCUUUUCUCGCUGGUAUGCUUGCGCACACUUUCUGACAUCCUGCUUACCAUCGUUCUGUGCUUUAGUACACGGUGUUCUUGUAUAUAGCUUAGGCAGCAAGUAACUGCUCUUAGUUCAGGCCUUUUAUAACCAUUAACUUUUGACUUCAUGUUCAUUUCCCGUGACUUCUAUACUAACUCCUUUGACUUAUGCACUGGCUUUCGGUAGUUUAUUGAUGUGCAGUGAUUUCUUGUUAAAUGUAUUGCUCAUUUUAUUUUUUCAUCUCAAUACAAGUGGAAAUGUGUUUUCAAGCAUGUGUAAUAAGCAAUAAAGGUGUUGACUCCAA